AUGACUCCAUCCGUGAUUUCUAACGUGGAGUUCUUCGCGAGCCCUCGGCGCAUUGUGCUAUGUUUUGAUGGGACUGGCAAUCGCUUCGAAGGAGCCGAGAAGGACACGAACAUUGUGAAGCUCUACCAGAUGCUCCUCAGAGAUACUCCGGGGCAAUACCACUACUACCAGCGUAAGUCUCAUGAGACUCAGCUGGCAUUGGGACAUAUGUUAGACGAAUCACCUACCAAAGCUCUCUUGCGGUUCUGGUCAGCUGCCAAGCCUUUCUUCAUCACUACAUUGGACCAAGCUAUCGGGGUAUCCUUCGAAGACCAUGUUCUGGCAGGCUAUAAGUUUAUCAUGCGUCACUACGAGAAGGACGAUCAUAUUUACAUCUUCGGCUUCUCGCGCGGAGCCUACACAGCUCGCUUCCUGGCAGAGAUGGUGCACGAGAUCGGCCUCUUGUCCAAGGGCAACGAAGAGAUGGUCCCGUUCGCAUGGGAAACGUUCAGCAACUUCCAGAAUUCACGUGGGAACGAGCCACAGGCCGACAAAGACAAGGCUCUGAGGAGCUACAUGGUCAAGUUCAAGGCAGCCUUCUGCCGUCCAGGAGCUGCCGUCCACUUUCUCGGACUCUUCGACUGUGUCAACAGCGUGGGCCAGUUUGAGAUUCCCCGCCAUCGAAAGUCGUACCGAUACAUGGCCAGCCCAGCAGCUCGACACAUUCGGCAUGCUGUCUCCAUCCAUGAGCGGCGCCUCAAGUUCAAACCGGCACUGUUCCAUGUCGACAAAGAUGGCCCGCCUGUUGACCUUAAGGAAGUCUGGUUCGCUGGCAAUCAUGCCGAUGUGGGAGGAGGAUGGGACCUUCAACACGGGCAAAGACACCUCCUAUCCGACACGCCUCUCUUCUGGAUGAUCCAAGAAGUGCUAAAUCUGCCGGGUUCGACCCGCAAACUCUCAUUCAACUCUCCUUACGUGGUUAACAUUGUCGAAUCGGAGAACAAAUUCCCAGGAAAGGAGGAGGCAGAGACCACGGCUUUUGAGGUUCGCCGGCGUACAAACCAGCCACAUGAUAUGCUGAGACGCGGAGGCGGCGUGGGGCUCCUCUACCUAAUGAUUAUUACAUAUAAUUUAUGUUCUUCUGCAGAGCUUCUGCCACUUUUCACGCGCCUUGAGCUAAUCAGAGGCCGCUGGAUACCUGUUAGGUAUCCACCCAAUCUAGGAGCGCCCCGUGACUUGCCUCUAGAUGCAGAAAUCCACCCGAGCGUAUAUGAGAUGAUACAAGCCGGAAUAUUAGACAAAGCUUCCAUUCCAGACAAGGGAGGCGACAAUCCUCACCUGCCUAACGUUGCUAGUAUAAGGCAUCAAGGGAAAAUGCUUCGGCAGCGCGAGGCCUAG